ACUGAGACACUUGUUUUCUGAUAAAGAGGAAGGAAAAGCCACCAGCCGUUGUCCCGGAUGCUCGGUGACAGAGUGAGCCCAGGCAGGGAAGUGUUCCUGAUUUACCCCAGCCUGGGAAAAGCAGGUCGCUCUGGCUGGAGAGGGAGCAGCUGUGAAGGAAGGAUGGGAAUGAUGCUGCGAGCAGCUGUGCUCCUGAGUUCCCUUCUCCACUGCAGCGCUUUUCUGGACCUGAGUGGCCCCAGUGAGAUCAAAGGGGUCUGGAAGGACUCUGUCACUCUGCCUUGUGCCUAUGUGCCUGUGGAGGACCUCGUGCAGCAAACUCUCACCUGGACUGUGGUACAUGACGAGGGUUCAGGCACCAUCUUCCGGAGGGAUGACUCCGGGGACCAUGUCCUCCUGGCUGAGUACAGGGACAGAGUCAGCAUCCCAAAGGAUGCCCCAGGAAAUGUGUCUCUUCUCAUCCUGAGCCUGGAAAUCUCUGACAGAGGAACCUAUACUUGCCAGGUCACCUGGAGAGACAGCAACAACAGCCUGAUAGCAAAGGAGAUCACCACCAGUUUGGAGGUUGUUAAAGCUGUGGCCUUGCAGAGGAAUGUGGGAACCACGGGGGGACACCACUCAACCACAGAAAAACCUCAAACAGAGCUGGUGCCUGCAGGUACCUCAGGAAUCUCCUGGACUCCAUGGGACCCCACCACUCCUGCAGAUCUGCCCAUAACAGUAACAACUUCUGAGAGUGGUGUGGGAUAUCCAGGGAAGAAUGAAACGAUUCGUGAUUUCCAGAGGACUGGCUUGUCCCUGUACCUGGUCGUCCUGAUUGCUGUGCUGUGUGGUGCUGUGGUUUUCCUUGUCAUCUCUCUUAUCACAUGCAUGAGGAAGCCCAGAGACACUCAAGUCUAUGAUGUAAAACUCCACAACUUGAGAGCAGCAGCUUCUUCAAGCACAGGUCACUAUGAGGAACCCGUCUCUGCCACUGAAAACAGCUAUGUGAUGGAGCUUGGGGAAAACAAAGUCUCUCAAGAAGUAAAUAAGAAUGUGUCUGGCUGUGUUGCAAAUCCCCAGGAAUCUGAGUAUGAAGUAGGGGACACUUCCUGAGAACCAACAAUGCUCUGCAGAUACCAGUCCUGAGGAGCACCUUCACCCAGACAAAAUACAUAUUUAUUUUCCCUUUUGCCCCUGAUAAAUAGGUUGGACAAGCAGUGGUUGCUCUCCUUUCACAGUCCCUGCAGUGAAAAUGCAGGAACUUCAGUUAUAGACUGCUGUAUAGAAUUUCUGAUUUUGUUUUCCUCAAUUCCCUUUCACCACCUCUAUCCAAGAAAGCCCUUUGAAUGCUGCAGCAGGCAGGUCCCAGGCUAGGAGCACUGUACUGAAUUUACUGCUGUAUCUGGCCAAAAAAACCAGUGUUUCCAGCCUUUGUGUGGUGGGAGGAGAGCCAGCACUGAGGGCUGCUCAGCAUCCCCCUCCCCGUGGGUGAGCAGGGCAGGAUGUGGCUGGCUUGGGAAUCAAUGGCUCUUCUCCUACCCACCUGAUGCUGCACAGAUUUAAUAGGAGAGAGAUUUUAUAGAAACACUGGAAGGCAGAUUAAAGCCAAGAGGAACUCAGGAGCCUGCCACACCAGGAGAAGCAGUGCAGGAAGCAGGAAUGUCCCCUGCUGUCCUUGUGCUGCCCUUGAUUCCCCUCCACAGCACUGCAGCGAGGUCUGGGCACACUGGCCACAGCUCUGGCUGCUUCUGGUACUGCAACCAGGCACUUUCUUUCUGAGCUCGUGUUUUCUGCUCUCUCUUUAAAUGCAUGAUGGCUGUUUGAAAGGAAUUAGGUACUUUUCCAUAAGUUUGGGGUAGGAUUGCUUACACGUGCCUCACGUGUUUUGCUGUGUGCAUUUCUGCACAACCGGCUCAUUUUGGAAUGCCAGCAUGCCACUCA